AAAUGGCGCUGAUGUUCCACGACGACUUCGCGCUCCGAACUCUCGGUUUAUUUUCAUUUUUUUUCCCUCCUCUCUCUGUCCCGCUUUUCACUUCAGCGUGUUCGAAUUUGUGUCUGCGUUCAGCGUGUUCGAAUAUACGCUCGUGUCGAACUUCACUCGGGUGAAUGACCGAAUGAACGUCCCGCGACUUUUCAAAAGUACAUCCACGACCGAAUUUAAAUUGCUCCCACACCAUUUUGAAAUUCACACCACGUCGGCGACGAGCGGCGUAAUCGAGGUAUUGUCGUCAUGUCCACUAAUAAGGGACAAAACACAAGGGCUCUAGUAGAACCCUUGACUUUGGAUUCGCGUACACUAGGAGAUAGCGAUCUCAGUGCACUGAGUUUAUCUCACGGCAACGAGCAGUAUACAUCAAACGACUUUGAGGAGUUUGCGAAUAUUCAAGCGGAACUGGAAUGCAUAAACUCGGAGGGAGUUAUGACGGAUGAGCAGAUAGUAAUUGAUGAGAACGUUGAGACUGAUACGACAGUACCUGAUGUGGAGAUGACUGAAAUUUCUGAGCAAGUGCAGAAUGAGCACAUUUACACACUAGCCAAUCAAAGCAACCAGAAUAUUGUAUUUCAAACAAAACCCACUGUGCAGAGAGUACCAAUGUCAGCAGUCCAGGUAAAACCAACCAUCUGUCCAACCACACAAAGCCAGUCUAUUAUGAUAGUGUCACCUGUGAGUGGACAGGGUACCAGCCAAAUUUUAAAAAUUUCACAUCCUCCGACAGCUUCAGCUGAACAGUUACAAUCUUUAGCACAGACUCUGAUCACUGGAAAAUCCGCAGAUGGAAGCGUUGUUCAAUUAAGGACACAACCUGCCAAGCCAGUCACAACAACUAGUGCCUCUGGGAACAUCACAAUUAGUAAUGUGCAGAAUGUUAAGUUUUCGCAGCCAACUACGUUGAAACGGACAACACAGAAUGUCUCGCAAGGGCGUAACGUAUACACAAAGAUGAUAUUGACAGGAAAUCAAUCACAAUCCGGUACUCAGCAAGUUCUCAUCACGAGUUCACAAAGCGAAAAUCAAUCGGCUCAAGGGAUUAAAUUUCUUAAUAAUACCUCUUCUACUUAUGUCAGCCCAACGAAAAAUAUAACAUUGGCACAGAUGGGCACUAUACUCUCUACCAACAAACAACAUAUUUUACCAACAUCUUCUCCAAAGCAGAGUGUGAUACUGAACAAGUUGUUACAGUCUUCAACAUCUCAGCAAUCAAAAGUCACUAUAAUACCAACAAAUACUGUAAAAUCACCUACAAAAAUCCUUCCUGCACCAACUGUAAAUAUUCAGGCCAAGUCUUCGACGACGACGAAUCAGCAACCUACAUUCGUUACGACCAAGUCAUCCACGCAACAAAAUCCGCAGAAAGUGAUUAUUAGACAGGGUUCUUUGAAACCUAGCAAUGUACUUGGAAGUGGACAAGUCAUUAGAAUACCUGCUAAUCAGAACAUUGUGACUGGAUCAAAUCAAGUUCAUCAAAUUCAGAUGUCUGGAAGACAAGUGCAAUAUGUGAGAUUAGUUAGUACUCCUUCAACAGGAUCUACCAAUGUUGUUACUGUGGGCAAAUCAAAGGCCAGUGCAACACUUCAGACUGUAGGUAUCGGUCAGAAAAUAGGAAAUCAGCAACAGAUUGUAAAGGUUGUACCACUAAAUACUGGAAAUCAAUCUUUGAGAACUGUUGCACCAAAGGCAACAUUGACAAGUGGUCAAAAAUUACUCAUACCUGCGGCGGCUGCUACUGCAGCAACUGUUGGCGGUCAGUCGAAGAAUACGGUAGCAAUUCCUGCAUCAGCAUUAAGCCAAUUAGCAUCAGGACAGGCAGUCUUGUCAACCAAUCCAAAUGUUAGGAAUAUUGUUGUUCUACCUGCUCAAUAUAUUCAACAACAGUCAACAGAUGAAGUAAAAUUGAAGUCUCCAACAACGCCAGGUCUCUUAGGAAGCUCGCAAAGUUCUACAGCGACUUUAUGCGUAAUUGAUGGAAAAAAUUCUCAAAGAGGAACUUACAGCAAUGUAGAGCCGAAUGGUAUCAGGCCAAGAAAACCAUGCAACUGCACCAAAUCUCAGUGUCUUAAACUUUAUUGCGAUUGCUUUGCAAACGGUGAAUUCUGUCAUAUGUGCAAUUGCAAUAAUUGUUCGAACAAUCUUGGUAACGAAGAAGAACGACAGCGUGCAAUUAAAUCCUGCUUGGAACGUAACCCUAACGCCUUUCGACCUAAAAUUGGAAAAGGUCGUGAAACUGGCGAAGAUAUAAGGAGACAUAACAAAGGCUGCAAUUGCAAACGUAGUGGUUGUCUUAAAAAUUAUUGCGAAUGUUAUGAGGCUAAAAUUCCAUGUUCUGAGAAUUGCAAGUGUAUAGGCUGUCGUAAUAUUGUCGAUCCAAUUUUACAGAAGAAAUUUUUAAAAGAUUUAGCGGAAGCAACCGAAGUCAAAACGACUAAGCUUAGUUUAAAUAAGACGCAGUUGCAACUAUCCGAAAUGGCAUUUAGACCACCUGCAAUAUCCAAUACUGGUACAAGACAACCAUUUAAUUUUCUGACGGAGAAGGUAGUGGAGAUCACGUGUCAAUGUUUGAUGGCGCAAGCAGAAGAAGCGGAACGUAAUAUGUUCGACGACGAGACGUCCCAGCGUCUCAUUAUUGAGGAGUUUGGUCGAUGCUUAAGGGAGAUUAUUGAAUCGGCGCACAAAGCUGAAGCUACUUAGCAGGUGCACGUGCGAUAUUCGCAUUGUAAUUUUCAUCUAUCACUAUUAAUUAUGAGAAUUGGAUAUAAAUAAAAAUAGUAUAUAUGUGUGUUGGUACCAAAGACAUUAUAUUACACAAGAUAAAAUACGAGAAGUCUUGGUGGAAAGUCUUUUUAAACUCACCAAAUUAGUCUUUAAAACGCCUUUUAAAGCGAAUAUGCGACGAACAAUUCCACGUGUAAAUUGCUUCCGAGUAGUAUAUGAAAAUGAUAUACAUAUAUGAACUAUAAAU